UUGCCAGCUGCCGCGAAGAGCUUGAGCGGUCGCCUAGCAGCAGCCGGUACCGGGCCCGCUUCCUUCCCCGCGCAGACCCAAGCUCCGGCCCGAGGGAGCUCUCCACCAACAUGGCUCCUAUUCUGGAUUGGGAGAAGUUAAUGAAAGUUGAUCCGGAUUCUUUGCCAAGUCGAGAGAAGCUAGCAGAUAAACUGUUAGACUCUGUAUCUAAGGUUGAAGGAAGUGAAUUGAAAGCAGAAGAGCCUGAGAAGCUGAUUCAACUUUUCUGCAUCACUCAGUCCCUGAUGAAGAUGAAAGCUCAAGAGGUUGAGUUGGCUCUGGAGGAAGUUGAAAAGGCUGGAGAAGAGCAAGCUAAAACAGAAAGUCAGCUGAAAGCAAAAGUUCUUAAGCUUGAAAAUGAACUGGAGAUGGCUCAAGUGACUGCUGGAGGGCGUGAUACCAGAUUCCUGCGAGAAGAACUUCGCCAACUGGAAAACCAGCUACAGUUUAAGGACCGUGAGGUUUCUGAAAUGGAAAAGGAGCUGAACAAGGAAAAGAAACUCGUUGAGCAAGUGGGAAUUCGGAUCAAGGAAAUAGAAAAUGAAAACAACAAGCUAAGAAGAGAGAAUGAUCAACUGCGCCAAGAUGUUGUGGAUUAUCAGAAGCAAAUUGAUUCUCAGCGUGAGACUCUUCUUAGCAGGAGGGGUGAUGAAUCGGACUACAGAACUCAACUCUCCAAAAAGAACAUGGAGCUUGCACAGUACUUAGAUGAAAUUCAGAAUUUGUCUGAAGCCAAUGAAAAGCUGGAAGCAGAGAACAAAGAGAUGCAGAGCAAUCUGAAGGAGUCUGCACAAGAGAUGGAGCAGAUGACUGAUGAAUACAACAGAAUGAAGAUGAUUGUCCAGCAAACUGAUAAGACCAUGGAUCAGUUCAAAAGGGAAAAGGAACAGCUGUUAUUUCAGGUACAAGAGCUUACUGACCGCCUGCAAGCAGUAACAGAAGAGGAGGAUCCUGUAAUGAUGGCAGUAAAUGCAAAAAUUGAGGAGUGGAAGAAAGUGUUGUUUGCCAAGGAUAAUGAAAUCAGAGAAUAUCAGGAGAAGCUGCAAGAUCUCCGAUCUAAACUUGUAUUUGCUGAGUUAGACAGUGACAAGAACAGCGUCAUUAAUCUCCAACAGAUUCUGCAAGAGCGGGACAACCAAAUUAAGGUUCUGUUGGAGCAAAUAGAACAGUACACCAAUGAGAUGAAUACAAAUGCUCAAAUCAUUGGAGAUUUAAAAUUGCAGCUCGAGAAGGAAUCAAGUUUUCCAGCUCUUAAUCAGCAAUCCAGAAUUGGGGCCCUACAGGAGAAGCUACGGGCAACAGAGAAAACAGCCAUUGAGGCAAAACGAAUUGCAGAGAUUGCGGAGGAAGAUGCAAAAGAAAAAGACAAGGAACUGGGGGAGUCACUAAUUCGUUUGAGGGCUUAUGAAUCUGGUAUAUAUGGAUUGGAAAAUGCCGUUGCUGAAAUAAAAGAAUGCAAGAACAAUAUCAGAAUUCGAGAUCGUCAAAUUGAAGCAAUGACCAAAGACAUCAAUAUGCUUGAAUUGAAGAUAAAUGAUCUUUUGGAUGAAAACGAGAGCAUGCGAGAACAGUUGGGCCUUGAAACAAAAGAAUUAAUUGAUUUGACUGAAUUUAAACAAAGGAAGCACUUGAAGCAGCAGCAGUUUCAAGUCGAGAACCAGAUCCUGCUAAAAGAGAUUGAAAGCCUAGAGGAAGAAAGGCUAGUGUUAAAGAGGCAAAUUCGCAAGAUGGCCCAAGAUAAAAGCACACGUAUAAGUUCUAUAGAUGAUUUGGGGUUGUUCGAUCGAUUUACUGAUGGGGAAGCAACAGCUAAAACAUCGUUGGGUAUAUCAGCCUCAGAUUUAAAGAGUAAGAACCAUCAGAUACGCAAACAAUUACUGAAAAAGGAAGGAGAGUACCAGAAUGCAGAAUUUGAGCUUGCCAAACUCAACCGACAAAUGAUGCAGAAUGAAUAUAUUUCCAGAGAGCUGGAAAGAAGAGAGAAGGAAUUGGAACAAAGGAAGACGGAAAAUGCUGAGCUGCAAGCAAAAUUAAAUGAAUUGAGAGAAGAAAAUAAAAAAUUUGAGCAUGGUAUGAAAGAAAUUUUGCAAGCUGUGAAGGAUACACAAGAGGAAUCCAUUUCAAAGGGAGGACAUGAAAUCCUGAGAAUGGAAAGUUUGGAACGACUAGUUGCUGCAAUUGAGGCAAAGAACACAGGGAAGCACGACAGCAAUGUGCACCUGAAAGCUCAGGUGGAUCAGCUGACUGGGAGAAAUGAAGAGCUUCGACAGGAACUUAGAGAGAUUCGUAAGGAGGCUGGCAUAGCUGGCAGUCAGCUGUCAAAAGCCAAUGAAAGGGUUGCACAACUGGAAAAUGAUCUAACACUGUUGCGUCAGUCAGGUGGAUGCAGUGUUCAGUUCCAACCUCUCGCUUUACCAGAUGGAAUGGCAUCGUCAAGUACUGAUAUCAUUAAUGUUCUUAAUGAAUAUUUGGUACAACUUCUACAGGAAAUUUCCAAUAAAGAGGAAGAAGAAAAGAAACUGCGAGGAGCAGCUGAAGAUCACAAACGCAAGUUUGCAGUAAUUCGUCAUCAGCAGGGUCUGCUGUACAAAGAAUAUCAAAGUGAAAGAGAAUCCUGGCAGAAAGACAUGGAGAGAAUUGAAGAGGAAAAGAAAAAGCUUGAGGAUUUAAAGGAACAAGGUCGUGUAAAAAUUGAAGAGUAUGAUCAACUACUGGAAACCCUUCAGAUGGAUCCUGAUGAAAUCAAGAAGAAAAUAGGUGGAAUUACCAGCAAAUUAACUGUUCUGCGGGUGAAUGAAAGUUCUUUGACUCGGCGCUACACGACACUGCUGGAAAUGGAACAGCACCUGAGGAAAGAAAAUAACAAGCUCAAGAAUGAAAUGAUAGCUAUGGAAGUAGCUAUCUGUGAAAGAAUUGGAUACCUGCAGAGAUUCAAGGAAAUGGCUAGUUUUAAAAUUGCUGCUUUGCAGAAAGCUUUGGAUGAGAGUGUGCCCUUAGCUGAUUUGGAGCGAGCUAACAAGCAGUAUAAUGAACUCACAGCUAAGUAUAGGGAUCUGUUGCAGAAGGACAACCUUUUAGUUCAGAAAACUACAAAUCUUGAGCAUUUGGAGAGUGAAAAUGCUGUGUUAAAUGAACAGAUUAAUGCCUUAAAUAAAGAGCUAGAAAUUACUAAGGAAAAGCUGCACACACUGGAGCAAGCCUGGGAACAGAUGGACAAACUAGAUGGUGCUGCUGCCAUGGAUAAAGCGUCUAAAGCAAUUACCAACUCUGAAAUUGUGUCAAUUUCCAAGAAGAUUACCAUGUUGGAAAUGAAGGAACUAAAUGAACGGCAAAGAGCAGAACAUGCUCAGAGGAUGUAUGAGCAUAUACGGAGCACACUAAAACAAGUCGAAGAGCGCAACUCGGAACUGGAAACUAAAUUCUCUGAGGUGACCAAGAUAAACCUGGAGGUUCAGAAAGUUGAGCAGGAUCUGCGGGAUGAGUUGGCAAGCAGCGUAAGCAAAGCAGUGAGUGACAUGGAUAGAAGACGCAUCACAGAGCUGGAGAAAAGUGAAUCCGAAUUAAAAAUUGAAGUGUCCAAGCUGAGAGAUGUUUCUGAUGUAGCCAAAAUGCAGAUUGCAGCUUUGGAAGCCCGUCAGCAGUCCAGGGAGAAGGAGGUUGAGGCCCUCAGAAUGCAGGUGCUGGAUUAUCAGGCACAGUCUGAUGAGAAAGCUCUCAUUGCGACACUGCACCAGCAUGUUGUUGCGCUGCAGGUGAGUGAGGCUGCUGCCGUCAGCAAGCUGGCAGCCUUUGCGAGCAAGCUGCAGAAAAUGGAAGCCUGUAACCUGCGGCUGACGCAGAAACUGGACGAGCGGGAGCAGGCCCUCUACUAUGCACGGAUGGAAGGCAGAAACAAGGCCAUGCAUCUGCGACAGACCAUCCAGUCCUUGCGCAGGCAGUUCAGCGGAGCCUUGCCUCUUGCACAGCAGGAGAAGUUCUCAAGGACCAUGUUACAGUUGCAGAGUGAUAAACUGAAGAUCAUGCAGGAUGUUAAACUAGCCCAGGAGGAAAGGGCAAUGACGGAGGACAAGGCACUGGAAUUGGAACUGAAGUUGAAGGGACUGGAGGAAUUGAUUGGAACACUAAAGGAUGCAAAGGGAGCACAAAAGGUAACGGAAUGGCACAGUAAGAUUGAAGAACUCCGUCUCCAAGACCUCAGAAUGAAUAGGUGUCUAAGUAAGCAAAAGGAAGAAAUAAAAUAUUUAACUAAUAUAAUAUCUGAGCAGGAGCACACCAUCAAUGAUCUGGAGGAAGAGACAGUUCAGCAAAACAAGUUCCAUGAAGAGCGCUUGCUGGCAUGGGAUCACAGAGAGUUAGAAUUACAGCGUCAGCUGGAUAUGUAUGAGCAUCAAAGUAAUGAAGUAUUGAAAGCAGCUCUGAAGUUUGAGGAAGCUACUGGUUCCAUCCCCGACCCCAAUAAGCCACUGCCAGAGCAGCUAAAUGUGGCUUUACAAAAAAUCAGGGAGCAUGUACACACGAUUCUAGAAACCCAAGCAACUUGCAGGACUCUAGAAGAGAAACUUAAAGAGAAGGAAGCAGCACUGUGGAAGGCUGAACAGAAUGUGCUGUCCAGGGAUAAAGUUAUAAAUGAGUUGCGACUGCGCCUGCCUGCCACAGCUGAUCGAGAAAAGAUGAUUGCUGAUCUCAGUGCAAAGACAGAGCAUGAGGAGGAAAGCAGAAAGGCCUUGAAAGUUGCUCAUCAGACUAUAACAAACCUGCAGGCCAGGUUAGAUCAGAAGGAAGAAGUCCUACAAAAGUACCAGCGAUUGUUGACCAGAGCUCAUCAGGACCAAGAAGAAAUUGCAAAGAAACAUGAAGAAGAUCUUAAAGCUUUGCAUCUUAAAUUGGAUUCAUAUGCAGAUGCAUCCUUAAAUAAGUUUAAAGAAGCUGCAGUGGAGCUGAUGAAGAAACCGGCCAUCCCUGUUGUGACAUCCAAGCAUCUAGUCCACCUGGCAGAACUGGAACACACAGUGGCUGAGCAGGAUCACUCGCUGUCGACACUUGUGGACAAAUUGAAAGCAGCAACCACUGAACUAGAGAAACAGAAAGAUAUUACAGAGCUGAAAAUGAGGGAAAGCGAGACUGUGAAAGCAAGAGUUGAAGAGAAGCAUGCUGCUGAGCUGAAGGAGCUCCACAAUGAAGCCAAUCAACUGAGGAGCAGCAAUUUGGAGAUGGCAAAGGAGGUGCAGUACUUGCAAACUGAGCUGGAAGCCCAGAAACAGGCUAAUACAAGAGCACCCACCACUACUAUGAAGAACUUGGUGGAAAGGCUAAAAGGUCAACUUGCCUUGAAAGAGAAACAGCAAAAGGCUCUAAGCAAAGCACUAUUGGACCUUCGAGCAGAGAUGACCUCUCAUGCAGAACAACAAAUUAUAUACCAGGCCUCACAAAAAGAGGGACAGCUUAAUGUUCAGCAGAUUGUUGACAAGCAUACUAAAGAACUGAGGGUUCGUGUAGAAGAACUAACUGAACAACUUGCAGCAACCAAAGAGAACGUGAAAUCGUGCAAAAAUAAGGAGGCAGCCACAGCGGCUGAAAUAGAUUCUUUAAAUGGAGAGCUUCACAAAAAGCAACGAGUUCUAAACAAGCUGCAAACAGAAAAAGCAGAGUUGGAGAAAGAGAAUGAGGAACUGAGGAAAAAGAUUAACCGGCUGUCCAGCAGCAUCCAGUCCAAGACAGAGGCUGACAAUAAACAGACCAUAAUAGACGAGCUACAGAGAAAAAUUAAAAGACUGGAGAGCGAGCUGGACAAGAAAGUGACUUCUGAGCACAACGAAAGAAAAGUUUUGAAAGAAGACAAGACCUCCAGAGAGGAAAUCGUGAGGUGGGAAGAAGGUAAAAAGUGGCAAGCUCGAUUAGAAGGAGCAAAAAACAAGCUGAAAGAAAAAGAGAAGGAGGUAGAAACUUUGACCAAACAAGUCACCACUGCAAAGGAACUGUAUGCAAAAGUUGACCAUGAAAAGACAUGUUUACAGAGGAAACUGAAAGCUCGUGGAAUUACAGUAGACCAGGUUGUAGGUGUUAGAACCAUGGAAAGUGACAGAGAGAUAGAAGAUUUAAGAAGAAAGAAUGUGGAACUUCAAGACCAGAUGGAAAACCUGAGGCAACAACAAGCUUUACCAAGGGAUUCAGUGGUGGAAGAUUUAACUCUGAAAAAUCGUUACUUGCAUGAAAAGGUCCAAGCUUUGGAAAGACAGCUGAAAAUGAGUACUCCGUCCAGGCCAUCAACCUCUGGAUAUGGAUCAGAUGCCUUAUCUCAAAAGGAACAACAGCUUCAGAAAGAGAACCUUAAUCUGUCUGCAGAUAACAUGGAGCUGCGCUUUCAGCUGGAGCAGGCCAAUAAGGAUUUACCACGAUUAAAGGAUCAAAUAGUUAAUUUACAGGAAAUGUAUCAACUUCUCAAGAAGGAGAAAGCAGAUUUGGAAAGAAAGCUUGGAAGUGUUCGAGGGUCUGGUCGCAGCGGCAAAACAGUGUCUGAGCUAGAGAAAACUAUCGGGUUGAUGAAGAAGGUGGUGGAGAGAGUGCAACGAGAGAACGAGGAGCUGAAGAAGGCACCAGGAGUGGUAUCCACUGAGAAAAGAACUUGUCUCGAAGUGGAAAAUGACAAGCUUAAGACAGAGCUUGAGAAACUGAAGUUGCAGAUUGGUGGCCAGCUGAGUCUGCGUUAUGAGAGCAAAACAAAAGGCAUGGAGAAAAUCUUAACUGAAAAUGAACGAUUACGAAAAGAGAUCAAAAAGGAAGGUGACAGUUCUGAAAAGCUGCGAAUCGCAAAGAACAACCUGGAGAUUAUAAACGAGAGACUAACCAUACAGUUGGAAGAGACAAAUAAACGACUGAGCUUUGCAGAGAGUAAGACUCCACAGCUUGAGGGUGCUAACAGCAAAAGCUGGAAGUCCAUUGUCGUAACAAGAAUGUAUGAAACUAAAAUGAAGGAGAUCGAGACAGACCUUGCAAAAAAGAAUCAAAGCAUCACUGACCUUAAGCAGCUGCUGAAAGAAUCAACUGAUAAUGAGGAAAAAUUGGUAAAACACAUUAGAGACAUGGAGGAACAGAUUGAGGUGCUUAAACACUUCCCUGAAGAAGCCACAACAGAACCGGGCCUCACCAGACAAUUUCAGAUACUGAGACUGACAAACGACCGUCUGGAGAAAGAAAAGGCUGAACUAAUCCAUCAGCUGGAGAUUCACAGAAAGCAGCCAUGUGCCAUGGCAGAAGGCAGCGUCAGAUCUGUUUGCGAUGCCGUAUUAGACACCGGACAUAAAGAUGACAAACUGUUGGGAGAGCAACAAACACCACAUGACUUGGAGAAGCAACAACUGCAGGAAGAGAUAAAGAGGUUGAAAAGGGAACUGGAAAACUUUGAUCCCUGCUUCUUCGAGGAGCUUGAGGACUUAAAAUUUAACUACAACCAAGAGGUUAAACGGAACAUUCUUCUGGAAGAGCAGUUGAAGAAAUUAUCUGAGCAGUUUGGAGUGGAGAUCCCAGGAAAUGUUUCCAUUGACUAAGAAGCCCAAUGUUCAAACGUUUGUGGUAAACCCUCCAGCUGCUGAAUUUGAUAAUCACUGAGGGGAGCGAGGUCUCCUUUAACACUCUUACUGGAAUAGAGGUGGUAAAAUGUGGUGUGCCUGUGGCAGGUUCUGACAUAAGAACAACAAUCUGAAUCCCUUCUGAUCUGUUGGGAUCACUUCUUGAAAGCUACAGUUGUCCUCCAGUAUCCAAGCCUUUGGGAGGAAGAGUUUUAGAUUAUUUCUGCCUCACAUGUUGUGCUUAUGAAAAAAGGAAAUGAACAUUGGAUAGUGAUUCACUUUGCUUCAGGAGCUAAUAGUCUAAGUCAGUGUCCGGUACAGGAAUGCAGUGGAGUUAUGAUCAACUGUUAUAACGUUUUUUUCUAAAUCCAGUUUUCUUUCACCCCAGUUUGUGUUUUAUCAGUUACAAUCCAUGGAGCAUCUUUUACUGAGAAGGAAAAGCUUGGGUUCAUUUACUGCUAUGGUCUUGAUGGAAAGAAGCAGAGAUCAACAUUUCAGUGAAGGAGCAUAGCACUUCUGGGAACCAUUACUGGGAUCAGCUUUUGACAUGUAUGGUUCUGGCAGAGGGAAGCUGUACACAUAGGUACUUCCUCCACAAAAGACCCAUAAAUGCCAUUGACAAAGUAAUUCCCUGUUCAGUGCCAACUCCUAGAUGUUCCUACUAGUACUGCUCCAACACAUUUGGUCAUACAAAUCUCAGCAGCAGGAUCAGUAUACUCCUCACUUAAAGUCUAACAUUGUUAUAUUUGCCACCCUUUGAGUUGUGGGUGAAGACUGGAAUUAGGAAAUUACAUUACUUAAAGUACACACUGAUCAUUGUGCUACGAUCCAUAAAUGGAAAUGAGAUUUAACAAGCCUAGACAUUAUACUCCCUUAAAUUCUGUCAUGUCCCUUACACCCAUCAGCUGGGAAAGGUUAAGUAAAGCAAGAUACAAGUGGGAAACUACAGAUGCUAGAAAUCUAGAGUGACACACACAAAAUGCUGGAAGAACUCAGCAGGUCAGACAGGAUAUGUCGAGGGGAGUAAACAAUGUUUAUUUAACUACAGAUAGUGCCUGACGUGAGUUCCUCCAGCAUCUCAUGUGUGUUGCUCUAGGUAAAAUAAGUGUUUCUUACUAUUGGGAGAAGUACAGUCCAAUUAGUUAGCACUAUCUUUUGUUUCAAUUGUCAGCAACUUGAUUGUAUGAUAGGUCAACUGUGCAAGUAAUGCCAGGAGAAUCUGCUGUCAAACAUGCCUAUACAUGCCCAGACUAAAAUGACUGAAGACUAAAAAUGCACUUAGAUUAGUGACACUAUUUCCGUAGUCAAGGGUUUUUGAAAACAUGGCAAUAAAUUAAACUAUUUUUGUAGAUUAACCUGUAUAAGUUUGUUACUAUGAAUUAAAUGCAAGUUUAUAGUCUAAA